UUAUCAACUCAGCAUUUUAGAAAAUAGUUCUUUGUCAUUCAUUCAUUCAUCCAUCAACCCACUAUUUGAACUUAUCUCUAACAUAUUACCUAACACAAAGUCAAUCCUUACUUUUGCUUUAUCAUAAGAAAUGAUCGAUAUCGGACGAAGGACGGUUUUGCUGUCUUCUUUACUGGUUUCGGUCUUCUUUCGAAUCACCAACGGGUUCACAUUCCUUCAGCCUACGAAUGGAACUAUCUUCAGCUCAACAGAUUUCAAUACGAUCAUUUUUACUUCUGGACCAUCCGAUCCUCCUUUAAUCGAUCUUUACAUAUUUUCUUCUUCAACUUCACCUUUUGGUCCAUCUCAAUUACGUCUCUUGGCCUCUUCAGUCAAUACUACAAUGGGUCAUAUCACAUUCACUUCUAAACCCAAAGACGGAGUUGGAUCUAAUUCUUCUGAAGGUGAUGUACUACCAACAAGUUCAGAACCUAUAUACUCUAUCGUCGCAGUCAAGAGUGGCGAGAAAACUGCUUUGGACAAUUCUCCUCUGUUCAGCGUUGUUAAAGGACCCGUCAACACUACUCUACCUAAAGACUCCGAUCUUCCACAUAAUGCAACUUUACCUGAGUCAGCGCAAAUACUCUCGGUGACUUCGUCCAACAAGACUUCUGAGACAACUCCGGGAACCGGUCCUAGUACAUCCACAACUCCGUCUAACCAUAGCUUUCCGGUUCCUGCUAGGGGUAGUUCUGUAAUUCCACCUGGUUUUAAUCCUUUACCUCCUGGUUUUAGUAUCGGUGGAAUCGGAGACCAACAAAAAUAUCUGAUGACAUCUAAAUCAGUCUCGAUUAAUACGCACUGUCCAACCUUGGUAUUAAUGUGUACAAUCAUGAUAUCUAUAUUGCAGCUCAGCUACUAAGCAAUUGAGAUGUCGAAAAAUCGCAUAUAUCUUGGAUCAAGCUUCGAAGGAAAUACCUGCAUCAUUAGUACUAUCCAAUCUUCUGAGACACAGUGUUUUACCAUCAAAAUAUUUAUCACAAUGGCUCGCUCAACAUAGACUCUCUAGCCACUUGGAACCCAGAUGUGACUUAUCAUCAGAUGAGGACAAAACCGAGCGCGAUUUCGAGGUACUGAUGUCCUCAUAUCAUCUUAUAAAUUUCAUUCAUUUCAGAUACGAAAAAGGAAUAGGAAUUUUAACUUUGAAAUGAUGUGUAUAGAUAAGAAUGAUUCCUUUCCUUCCAAUUAAUUUAUAAUUGUAUUCUUCAAACUGCUUUGUUGUACAACACAUAAUCUUCAAUUUUUCUCAAUUCGAUAUUCUUAUUCUUUUAGUAUCAAUUACUUCUUGUAAUUUUUUUAAAACAAAAAAAUCUUAUAGAAGUCUUAUCUCUCUUUCAUUGUGAUUUGCUUGAAAGUGUUUCUUAUGGAAUUGUUUUUUACCU